AUGAUCGGGGAUUUGUUACUUUUCGGGACGCUGCUGGUGAACGCUGGAGCAGUGCUGAAUUUUAAACUAAAGAGAAAAGAGUCUGGAUUCGGGGAAGAGUCUGGUGCCCCGACGACAGGAGACAACAUCCGUGAGUUCCUGCUCAGCCUCCGAUACUUCCGGAUCUUCAUCGCUCUGUGGAACCUCUUCAUGAUGUUCUGUAUGAUUGUACUGUUCGGUUCCUGA